UUUGUAAUCCUUUUAAGCUAUUGAAAAAAAAAAAAAAAAGAAGCCUACAACUUUUCAUGAUAUGUUCUUAAAGCAACCUUUAAUUUGCAUGAUAUACAUCAUAUAACAUUAAUGAUUAGUGCUAUCUUAACCAUAGUUGAUCUUAUGCACUUAAAUCUUAUCUGUUCAUACUUUAAAUUUUCAAUGUUAUAGGCUAAAAUCAGGUAAGAUAUUGGAGAGAAUUAAAAAGAUGGAUCAGCUCAAUCAAACAGACCCUGAAAGGGUUUAAUCGCCUUUUAUUUGCUAAUUUUAUUUUCUUAAUCCGUAUUCAAAAACUGUGUCAUUGAGCAGAGAGUAAUGAGAAGAACAAUAGGCAUUACAUUGCGAUCUAUUGGCCGAUCUCACACUACCCAUUUCGCUAAACCCCUCUCUACAUCUGCAUCUCAUGGUAAAAAGGAUAGUUCUAAUACCUUAGAGUCCAAUAAUGAGUUUGAGCAGCGAAUAUUUGGUGGCAUUUCUGAGAAUAGUCUACCUUUUUUCCAGAAGCUAGAUAGAAUUGAAAAGGCUCGCAAUAGACCUGGUUCUAGAAUGAAUGAAGGAAUUAGUUCGAAUCUGGAUGGCCUGUAUGAGAACACAUUAUCUGAUGGGAUGGAUGGGAAAUUGAAGAAGGCAGCUAGAUAUUUUGAGUUUGAUCCUGAGGAAAUAACUAAAGAGGACUAUGCUUUUAGACCAGAUAUGACGUUUCGGCGUGGAAUGACUUAUGAUACCAAGGAUCUUGAUCUUAGAAAGCCAGGAGUGCGCAAACCUCCUAAAAGAUAUGAAUUUCAAGUAACAACAGAGGAAGUUCUGGAAAAAGCUGAUUCUCGGAAUGUUAGAUUUCUCUCAAACUUUAUAACAGAGGCUGGAAUUAUGCACAAGCGGAGCAAGACAAAAAUAAGUGCAAAGGCCCAGAGGAAGGUCGCUGGGGAGAUCAAAACAGCUCGAGCUUUUGGUCUAAUGCCUUUUACGACCAUGGGAACAAAAUCAUUUGUUUUUGGUAAAAGCAUGCAGGAUCUUGAUGAGGACUAUGAAUACGAGAGUUUUGAUCGCCGAACAAUUGAUGAUACAGUUGGCGAAGGCCCUCUCGCAGCCUAGGAGCCUUUUUGCUGCAAUGUGAAAAUAAUUUUAAGUUCUUCAAGUUGUCAGUGCGUGGCCCUUGUUGAAGUAUGAGGUUGUGAUACAUUUUGAGUAGAAAUCUUCUGAAAAAAAUUGCAUUUCUGUGUACCAUCCAAUCAUAAGAUUGUUUCUCUCUAAUAAUGUCAAACAUCUUCCGGGCUAUAUCUCAUUUUCUACUUCUGUCAA